AUGCAAACUGAAAGUGCUUUGUCUGUGUUUGGUUCAAGGCCAAUGGAACUGUCCACUGUAGUAAAUCCUGGCCCUGAUAAUGGAAAGCAGAGAAAAUCAAGUUUAGAAUCACCAAUCAUGUUAUUGUCGGGUCAUCAGAGUGCUGUAUACACCAUGAAAUUCAAUCCUGAAGGAAACAUCAUUGCAUCUGGCUCACAUGACAAAGAAAUAUUUCUUUGGCAUGUGCAUGGUGACUGCAAGAACUACAUGGUUUUAAAAGGACACAAGAACGCUGUUUUGGAUGUCCAAUGGACUACGGAUGGGUUGACAAUAAUCUCUGCUAGCCCUGACAAAACGUUAAGGGCAUGGGAUGCUGAGACUGGAAAACAAAUUAAAAAGAUGGCUGAACACUCCUCGUUUGUGAAUUCUUACAAAUACCAAAUCACUGCAGUUAGUUUCUCGGAUGCAUCUGACAAGAUAUACACUGGAGGUAUUGACAAUGAUGUCAAGGUAUGGGAUCUGCGCAGGAAUGAAGUUACCAUGACACUUCAAGGCCAUCAGGACAUGAUAACAGGUAUGCAGCUGAGUCCAGAUGGAUCCUAUCUCCUUACAAAUGGCAUGGACUGUUCCCUUCGCAUAUGGGAUAUGCGCCCAUAUGCACCCCAGAACCGUUGCGUGAAGAUUUUAGAAGGCCACCAGCACAACUUUGAAAAGAACUUGUUGAAAUGCAGCUGGUCGCCUGAUGGAAGCAAGGUAACUGCUGGAAGUUCUGACCGCAUGGUUUACAUAUGGGAUACCACUUCACGACGAAUUCUAUAUAAGCUUCCUGGUCAUUCUGGAUCUGUUAAUGAAUGUGUGUUCCAUCCCAAAGAACCUGUAAUUGGUUCCUGCAGUAGUGAUAAGAACAUAUAUUUAGGUGAGAUAUGA